GGCGUUCCAUGAUAUGAUUACUCGUGGAUCAAGCAAGCUCCUUCCACCGUCGCACUCGUGGCUUGACAAUACCUAAGCCCUAAAACUUUACCUCUCUAUUUGCACUAUUUCAAUUCCCCCAGCCAUUUUCUUUCUCUUUCUCAAUGUCCUGAUUCCUUUAUUUCCAUUAACCACUUCAAUUUGUUCAGGAAGGACGUGUGCAGGCUGUGUUACUGAAGAUGGACAUCGAACAAGAGCAAGCUGAACUCAUCCAUCACUUUGUCAAGCAAGCAUCGCCUCUUAAAGGCUCGCUUCUCGUGCCCGUUAUUAUUGAGGCCACUUCUCACCCCUCCCUCUUCUCCUUCUCUGAGAUUCUCGCCGUGCCCAGCUUUGCUGAGCUUGAAGGAACUGAAAAUUCCCGGCACCUUGACGUUCUUCGGUUGUUUGCACAUGGCACAUGGACUGAUUAUAAGAAUAAUGCUGGUCAUCUUCCAGAAUUGAUUUCUGAUCAAGUCCUCAAGCUUAAACAACUUACUGUGCUUACAUUUGCUGAAACAAACAAGGUUCUACCCUAUGAUCAACUAAUGCAAGAGCUAGACGUGACAAAUGUUCGUGAACUUGAGGAUUUUCUAAUCAAUGAGUGCAUGUAUGCGGGAAUAGUUAGAGGAAAGUUGGAUCAAUUGCGAAGGUGCUUUGAGGUCCAAUUUGCAGCUGGGAGGGAUCUGAGACCUGGGCAACUUGGGAAUAUGUUACAAACAUUAUCAAACUGGUUGGCUACAUCAGAGAAUCUACUUGUAUCAAUUCAAGAGAAGAUAAAAUGGGCUGAUACUAUGAGUGAAUUGAACAAGAAGCACCGAAAGGAUGUGGAAGACAGGGUUGAAGAAGUAAAGAAGUCCCUUGCCCUCAAGGUCAUUUCUGGGAUAUGUCGGUCUAUGUGUCUUACUUACAUUGUGGCAGAAGUUACACACUGUAAGCAGGCCGACAUUGACUUCAGAGGCCAUGAAGAGAUCUACUCUGAAUCUGGUGGAGUGAUGGACUACGAGGAAGACCGAAGCAGACCCAAAAGGAGGCGGCAUCCAAUAUCUUGAAGGUAUAGAUAGAUCAAGAAUCUUAUUGGAUGGGUAUUUAGGCUAAAUGCCAGGUUUUCAUUCAUGGCAUUCCAGCAGCAGAUGAUUUCUGCUUUGGGGGACAAUGAUACUUCCUCUGACAGUGAAGUUUUCAUUGUCAGUUUGGAUUGAUAUUUGAAAACUGUUACCUUGUUUUUGAACCUAUUGUUAUUCACAUGGAGUUAGAAAGGAACCAGAUAUGCUGGUGCAGCUGAAAAUUUAACUGGGUCUGAAUCUCAAUUUUAUAAUUCCUAUAAUCCUUCUUUCUAA